GGAAGCCAUUCGCUGUAGGACGGCUGUUUGCUGCGGAGGAGAACGUGUUUUAACUCUCACGUUAUCGCAGUUUAAUUCGUAGAAAUGAGUCUAAAUGUUUAAAUUAACCUGAGAAAUUAAGUGUUUCAAUACAAAUAACAAACCGGAAGUCAGCGUUGGAGCAGCGCGGGGAGAAACCAUGAAGAAGAAACUUCCGCAGAGUGAGGAGGCGUCGCCGGGACAGUCAGCUGACUACGUGGUCGGUCAGGUGUCAGGAAGUCUGUUCAAGAAGAAAAAGGCAGCCUCCGGAUCGCUGUCGGCUUUAUUCAGCACCGCUGCACCGGCUGCACCUGUUCUGUUUCGGCCUGCACCCGAGCCUGUUCAGAAGAGCUCAGAAGAAAAGGAGCUGCAGAAGGAAACUCCAGACGCCACAGGUCAACUCAGUCAGAAGAAGAAGAAGAAGGCGCUGAAGGAGAAAUCCGAAGCCGACCAGAAGCUGGAAAACAGAGAGAGCAGUUUACAGAACGCAGACGAGGACGAGCUAGGAGACAAGCCGGCGAAGAAGAAGAGGAAAGCUCCGGAACCGGACGAAGAGAGAAACGACGUGGAGCAGUGGGUGUUGAAGAGACAGAAGCUGAAAGCCAGAAAAGUGGAGGAGGUGAUGAAGAGGAAGAGGACGGUGUUCGUAGGCAACCUGCCCGUCGGCUGCACCAAGAAGACCCUGCAGAGCCUCUUCAGGGAUAAAGGACCCAUCGAGUCCAUCCGGUUUCGCUCUGUGGUCAGAGAGGAUCCCGCCAUGUCGCGCAAAGUCGCAGCGAUACAACGCAAAGUUCAUCCCAAAAAGCAGAGCAUGAACGCCUAUGUGGUGUUUAAAGACGAGGAAGGAGUGGCCAGGGCGUUAGAGAGGAACGGCAUGGAGAUCGAGAGAGACUUUCACAUCCGGGUGGACAGAGUGACGGACAACUCAUCGCACGAUCACAAGCGCUCCGUCUUCGUGGGGAACCUCUCCUUCGAGAUAAAUGAACUGGCUUUUCGCCGCCAUUUUGAGGAAUGUGGCGCAGUGGAGGCUGUACGACUGGUGCGAGACCAGAACUCUGGACUGGGAAAAGGAUUCGGCUACGUCCUGUUUGAGAGCGCCGACUCGGUGCAGCUGGCUCUGAAACUGGACGGCUCCAAACUGGAGGGCAGGUCCAUCCGGGUGAAGAGGUCGGUGAAGAAGGAGAAGCAGAAGACAAAAACUGACAGCGCAGGGAGGACCGGCAGGGGCCCCAUGAAGGGCCCUAUGAGGGGCCAGGGGCGGGAGAGAGGAGGCGGUCGGGGAGGUUUCAAGUCUCAACAGAAAUUCUCUGGAAACCAGCAGAGGUCGAGCAAAAGCUCAACGUCCUUCACAGGCGAGAUGGUGGAUCCGACCAAGAAGGCGAAGAAGAAAGGACUGAAGAAGAAAGUGAAGCCGAAGAAGAAGGUUCACAUCUGACGUCUCUGAUCCAAAUAAAAAGGGCUCCAGGACUCUUUGUGAUCCGCAGUGAUCCAGCUUUUGCACUGAGGAUUUUUCCAGUUAUCUAGAACGUGAAGAACAUCGGCCCAUGUUCCAGAUCUUAAAAGGAGGUUCUUAGUUUUACUCUCCGGACAUUGUCAAGUCAGUUUUAACUUCUCUAAUACAGAAGGGGAACAAAAGUUCUACAAACUGACCAAGAUUAAUCUCUGUAACCCAGCUGAUCAAGUUUAACUUUUGUAAUGUCGUCUCCUGUUGUUGUGUCCAAAUAAAACCUUAUCUUUAA